AUGGCUACAUCAACACGUGCUUCAGAAUCUACACCAUCAGAUCACCUAAAUGCCAUUAUUACCAUAACUUCUCAAGAAAUUCCAGAUGAUGAAUCUGAUGAAGAAAUUUAUGUAAAAAAGAGAAUCGGUGAUAGAAAAUAUGUUGAAGGAGUGACAAAGAUUAAAGAAGCAAAAAGGAAGAGGAAUAGUGGGGACAAUCGUGCAGCAAUAAAGAAACAAAAAAUCGUGAAAGAGCAAAACACUGUGAAAGAUAUAUUGAAGGAGUUGCCUUCAAUAAACACUAGAUCGACACCUGGAUUGAUGACAGAUGUUGUAAGUUCUUUGACAUCAGAACAAAAAGAUUGGGUGAAACGGAUGGGAUUUAAAGCAUUUUUAAAGAUCAACAUUAAGAGUAUUCCCUUAAAACUUUGCCAUUUUGUGCUUAAGCAUUAUGAUGAAGGCACAAACAGUAUUUUGAUUAAAGGAAAAAGAAUAAAGAUCACAAAGGAAAAAAUUCAUAAAGUGUUUGGUUUACCCAAAACUGGAAAAAGCUUAUUUGACUUGGACAAGGUUAGUGAAGAUCAUCAAGUGUUUGAUGGAUGGAUGGAGGAACUUGAAGACGGAAAGGCAAAUGCAACAAACUACAAGAAGAUUAUUCAAAAAUCCGAACAAGUGGAUAUGAAUUUCAAGUUGGGUUUCAUAGCUUUAUUUGUUAAUACGUUUGCAGAAUCCAUUCCUAUGGGGACAAACAACUUAGUUCCAGUUAGAGCACUUGUUGAAGUAGAUGACAUUUCUAAAAUCGAUUGGUGUGCAUAUUUGUUGUACUGUGUGAAAAAUUCAAAAGGGAGAUGGCGUCCAGAGAACCCCAAGUGUUAUUAUAUAGGCCCGAUGUUGUUGCUAUUGACAGCAGAUAAGUUAAAGGAAAGACAAUCUUUUGAGAUUGAAGCUGGUGGAUUAGGGGUUGGGAAUCUAAUUGAACAAAGUUCAAAUUUAGAACUUGAUAAGAAUGAAAAUCAGGUGAAUGAGAAUCAGGACACACGUAUUGAGGAAUAUAAAGAUAACUUUGAUAAGAUGUUCAAUAAAGUUUCAUCAAGAAAAGAGGACAUGUAUGGAAUUGUUUCUGAUUGGGAGAAUGAUAUAAGUUCUUACAAAUCACCAUAUAUGGAUAAAGCUGUGAAUUUAUUUGAUAGAAUCGAUUUGCAGAAUGUUCUUUUGAUUCAGGAUAGGAAUUAUGUUAACUUUUUGAUGAAUUUGUUGGAAUUGCAAGUGGUUUUCCCAAUACAUAAUGGUGAUCAGAUGUAUGCUGUUGUUUUCAACCUAACAUAUCCACAUGUUCAUAUUAUAGACAUCAUACAAACAAAAUCGUUAGAAGAAACUUAUGGAAUGACACCAACAUCAUUAAAAUUGUACUUUAUACGAUAUUUGAAGAAUACUACAUUUAUCGUCAAUAAAAUCGAAGGUUUGCUAUCAACAACAGUGAAGAUGAUGAAAAUUGACUGGAACACAAAGAAGUUGACAAUAGAGAAUGGAGCACUUUUAAUGAGACAUAUGGAAAAAUAUUGUGGAGAAAAGCAAGGAAAGUGGAAUGUGGGAAUGGAAAAAGGUAGUGAUGUGCAAGAUGUUCAAUUUGUAAAAUUACGUGCCUUAUAUUCUGUUAAGAUUGCUACACAUGAAAUCAACAACCACAAGGAGAGAGUUAUCAAAGAGGCAAUCGAAUUUCGAAAAUUUGAUCAUGCGACUAGAAAAAAGAUGUUAGAGGAAGGUAUCCAAAGAAUGGAUGAAUUGGAAAUAGGUAGUAAAUAG